AUGAGUUCGGGACUUCCCAGUCCCCCGGGCACGCUGAUGCGCCGCCUUCGUCGUCCUCCGCCUCCAAGUCGUCGCUGGCAGGUCACCCCGCCCUCGGACUACCCAGACUUGCGGCACCUCAAGGCGUACACUUCUACCGAACCUCAUGCAACUCCCGCCGGGCCUCAAGUUCACCGGCCAGGCCAGUCCGUGUGCGUUUAUCCCUUCUCCAACUCUACCGACAAUGGCAUUUCCAUGCAUUAUGGCUACGGAUCAUCGCUCCUCAAAGGGAGUUGGAUCCUGUACCCUUCAGUCGCUUACGCUGGUACCUCGUACCAAUAUCACGGUGUCAACAGCUGCUACAACUUGACUACCUCUGCAUCUAUAAAUUCUCUGCGGUACGCGGGCAGCCCAUAUGGCAUGGACGACGUAUAUUUCAACCUCUACAAUACAACGUAUUUUGGAGGGAACGAAUUUACGGGCAACACUAAUACUGAAACCGUCGUGGAGUUGGACAUGGAGGUUUCCUCCUUGAUUGUCAGUGGACAAUCGCCGUGGACUUUCUUCACGGGCCUCAAGUUCACCGGCGAGUCCGUGUGCGUUUAUCCCUCGUACAACUCUACCGACAACGGCAUUUCUAUACAUUAUUUCGACGCAGCAUCGAUGUCAUCUCUGGGCUUGCCUGACAACUCGAUCAGGUCGGUGGCGCGAGGCUGCCUUAGCGACACCGUCUACAGGGACCAACUCCAGCAAUUCCAGCAGCAGGCCGAAGAAGACAUCGAAAAAAUCAAGCGUCGAGAGGACUGAAAAAUUACACACACAAAACAUUAGUAAUUUUAUCAUGUCACAUGCAAUGCUUUUGAAAUGAAAUUAAACCAAAAAUUUUCUUGUUUUG